CUCCAUUUCUUUACAAGGCAGGCUGUCGAUGAUAACAUGCAACACUUCUGGGUAGAUAGCUGUUGCACCAACAAAUCCAAUAGCUCCGAACUCUCGGAGGCUAUCAAUCCCAAGUUCCGCUGGUAUGAGCAGUCGACCAAAUGCUACGCAUACCUUGCUGAUGUGUCGAAAGGCGCUGAGACUGAGGCCGAUGAGCCAUCGCGAUUGACGUGGGAGCUC